CAAAUUCCAUCCUCUCAGCUUGGCUAGAUGGCACAAGAAGUGGAGGGCAACCAUCCAACUCUGCUCAUAGAUGGAGAUGGAAAUUUCAACUCAAAAUUUGAAGAUGAUCUGAAAUUGGCUGCCGUGAGCCGUCCCGUUGCUGUUGUCUCCGUCUUUGGCGUGCAAAGCACCGGAAAGAGCACACUUAUGAAUUCUCUGCUCUCUACUGGCUUCGAAGUGAUGGAUGCCAGCCAGGGGAUGCAUCAAACGACAAAAGGUAUUUGGGUGGCAAAAUACCCUUUACCAAAUCCAAAUGGUGGCCAUGAAAUCCUCGCUGUUGAUACGGAAGGAAGUGAUGGAAUAGAGCGAGAGGAUGAUACGAAGUUUGAGAAACAAACUGCACUAUUUUGCUUGGCUGUUUCAAACACCGUCAUAGUCAACAUGAAGUGUGAUACUGUUAACCAUAAUAAUGGAGGGAAUCGGCCACUCUUACGAACUGUAGUUGAGGUAAUGAUUACAAAAUUUUGUACUCCACGGAAAGUGAAUCUAGUAUUUGUUCUUCGUGACAAAAACGAGUGCCCUCGGGAUAAGUUGGAAGAACAGCUGAAAGAAGGAAUGUACAAGAUAUGGAAAGAAAUGAAGAAGCCCGAAGCACAGUUGAAUGCUUCGCUAAAAGAUUUCUUCAAUUCCUGGCUUCAAAUUGAGAAGAAUGCAAUCUCAGUGCAAGGCUUUGGCGCUAGAGUCAGUGCAAUAAUUGGCAUUUAUCUGUCUCAGUAUGAUGAGGAAGCUCAACACUAUGAUGAGACCAAAAGGGACGCAAGCAGGAAACAGCUAAUUGAAGACAUCAUGAAGGUUGUUAAGCCAACCUACCUUUCUGUGGUGGAACAUAUGAGGCAUGAAAUUCUAGAAAAAUUCGAGCAAGCAGCCGUGGAUGAGUUAAAGAAAAACGGAGUACUCGUGGCUAUGAACACCGACAAAUACAUCAAUCGAUUCAAGAACCAGCUCAAAGAUGCUGCUGUCAAACAAGCAAACUGGAAUCAAGAUGCAGGACAAUUGAACCAACUGCAGUUAGUAUUAGACCACGCCAUAAAAGUGAUUCGUGACACGAAUGAACUGCUGGAACAGAAAAAGAAAGAUAAACGAGCGUUCUGGUUUAAAGUUGGAUCAAUUGGGACAGGUGUGCUGACUGCUGCCUCAGCUGCGGGUAGUCUAAUUUUGGCAGUAGCACUCCUUUAAUCUUGAAAGAACUGCUGGACACGAAAUUAUUAGAGGCCAUUCUUACCGGUGGUCUAUAUCAAGAAUACAAGACUUGAAGAUUGUUGUUUGCUAUUAUUGUCCCUUAUUUGCGUGCCGGUUUUCACUGUUUGUUUUGUUUUCUUUGAAGGAUUUUUUUUGUGCUCUUCCAGGGGCUUUGCUUUGAGUUUGGGUAACUCAAUUUUUAUCUUUCUUUUCUUGAUAAGAUUGUUUCUUCUAAAGGCCUCAUUUGCGACAUUGAUGUUGUUGGUUAUAAUAAUGUUUGUGGACAAAAUAUAAAUUUGCAGAUUGAUUGUCAUUGGGCUAAGGAAACAUGCUUAGUUUGUUUUUCU